UCGACGUCAUGGUUAUUCCCUGAUGUUGUUUUCGUUCGUGAGCUCACAUGGUUGACAAAGCUGGGAGAAAAACGGGUCAAAAUUAGACUUGUUUGAGUUCGCCGAGGCUUUCUGAAGAUUGUAAAAUGCACGAGUAUAGUAAGGAAACCUAAAGUGUAAAUUAAUCAUGGCUGAUGACGAGGACGUGUGUUUCCUCUGGUCAGGAGUCCCUGCCCAACACCGAGAUGUACCUCUCGUGACUCUGGACUCGCCACCUUACUCUCCACCUGAAGAAAACCCGAGUAUCCCGUCGCUAUUCGAUAUUUCAGUCCCAUGUCCACCAUUCAUCGCAGGAUUUGAAAACAUCGACAUGACUACCUUUGUUCCAAUGGAGCCUUUGAUAACUCCUGAGGGUAGCGAUACCCUAGAACCAGCAGCUGUCAAUAUGAAAAAGGAGAAGAGGAAAAGGAAGAAGAAAAAUAACGUUUUGCUGGUUUCGAAAAUGGUGGAACAAAUCAAAGAGGCAGGCGUCCUGGAAAGAAAUAAUUUAGGAGAGGACGAGGAGGCAACUCCAGUGGUGAAUGUGAAACUCGUCAAGCCUAAAGAGAAAUGGACUCGUUACUUCGAAGCAGACCUUCCUCAGCAAGAGGAACAGUUUCCUGUUACAGCUCGGGACAUUCGCAAAGCGGCUGAGAAGGCUGAACGAUUAUCCAGGAUUCAAAGAGGAAGAGUUUCCAAGCUGUCCAGAAACAGGCGAAAACCAGCUGGAAGGUGCUUAAACUGUCAUCAGUAUGGUCACAUGAAGUUCGAGUGUCCCGAUCCCAUCAAGGUAGUCAAAUGCCACUUGUGCGCUGGCGUUGGGCACUAUGCUGAUUCGUGCCCAAAAUCAAUGUGUUUGCUGUGCGGCGCCAAGACGAAUGAGUUUAGUUCUGGCUGUCGAAAUUGCAGAUUCAUGUACAGGCUUACAUGUACAAGAUGCAAUAACAUUGGCCAUGAAUCUAAUUACUGCCCUGAUUUGUGGAGGAGAUUUUAUGACACGGUUGAUGGUGAUGGUAUUUCUGUGAAUUUGUCAACCAAAACCGGCCGAAGUUCAUUGAAACCGAGCCACAAAUUGUACUGCAGUUGGUGCGCGAAGAGAGGUCACACAGCAAAUGACUGUUCGCGAUCUCCCGAAGAGGUGAAAUUCUGCGGCGCCUCGUAUGUUACAUCAUUGCUCUCAGCUCAUGACUUUGAGCUCGGCAAAAAGAGUGCGAAUAAUAGUUAUAAAAAAAGGAAUCGCAACUCUCGCAAAAGUGUUCAAGUGAUGAAACGAUUCAAGCGGGACCUGCGUUCCUAACCCAAAACGAUUAAACAAAUUUUCAAUAAAUUUUAUUCUGCAAGUACAA